GAGUGGGCACUCGGCUAUGAAUCAGAAAAUUAAUACGAGCGAGCGAGAGAGAGAGAGAGAAGAGGAACAUAUUAUACAUAUAUCUUUGUGGGUUUUCGUUUGAUAUAUCUGUUAAAGCUAUGGAUCAUCAAGAAAAGCUACAGAGCCUGGGAAGAUCUCUUGCAGUGCCAUGGGUUCAAGAUCUAGCCAAGGAGAAAAAGUCUACAAUUCCACCACGAUAUCAUGUGAUGCCCCAUCAAGAUCCACCCCACAUCUCAAAUACCUCCUCUUUACCCCAACUCCCUGUCAUCGACUUGCAAACCUUACUUUCCAACGACGACGAUUUCUCAGAGCUCGACAAGUUGCACCUUGCUUCUCAGGAAUGGGGUUUCUUCCAGCUGAUAAACCAUGGGGUGAGCAGUUCGUUGUUGGAGAAUGUGAAGUCUGGCAUUCAAGAAUUCUUUAAACUCCCAAUGGAAGAGAAGAAGAAAUAUUGGCAACAAGGAGGGGAUAUAGAGGGAUUUGGGCAGGCCUUUGUUGUCUCUGAUGAGCAAAAGCUUGACUGGGGAGACCUUUUCUACAUGGUCACUCUUCCUACCCAUUUGAGGAAGCCUCACUUGUUUCCCAAGCUCCCUCUCCCAUUGAGAGACAAUUUAGAAGCUUACUCAGCUGAAUUAAAAGCUCUUGCAAUGAAAAUCUUUGACCUAAUGGCGAAAGCUCUGAGAAUGGAAGCUAGGGAAAUGAGGGAGUUGUUUGAAGAAGGGUGGCAAGGUAUGAGGAUGAAUUAUUAUCCUCCGUGUCCUCAGCCAGAGCUUGCCCUUGGUCUCAAGCCUCACUCUGAUUCCGUUGGCCUAACAAUUCUCCUGCAAGUAAAUGAGAUUGAAGGCCUACAGAUAAGGAAAAACGGGAUGUGGAUUCCUGUUAAACCCCUACAAAAUGCUUUCAUUGUCAACAUUGGUGAUAUUCUGGAGAUUGUGACAAAUGGAACAUACCGAAGCAUCGAGCAUCGGGCGACAGUGAAUUCGGAGAAGGAGAGGCUCUCUAUUGCCACAUUUUACAGCCCAAAGCUGGAUGGAGAUAUGGGACCAGCACCAAGCCUUAUUUCUCCGGAGAGAUCACCUGCUUUGUUCAAAAGAAUUGGUGUUGCCGAUUACUUAAGGGAUCAUUUUUCAAAGGAACUCCGUGGGAAAUCAUAUCUCGAUACCAUGAGGAUCAUCCAAAAUGAAGAGAAAAGCAUUUAAAUUAGUACUCUACAUCUACUUAUCCCUAAUCAGUACCAUCAGUACCCAGCUUCCUUUUGAUCUUGGCAAGGGGCCGGGAGAUGUUCUGGGGUUUCGAUCUCUGAUCGUACGUUAUCAUUGUCAUUCAUAUUGUAAUAAUAAUUAAAAUACUCCCUAGCUAUUUGUAGUUCUCUUGUAGUACUGUACGUUUUGGUCAACUUGAUCGAAUUGAAUAAAAAUACUAUAUUUUAUCC